CCAACGUCAGCCUUCGGGGGCGUCAGCCCAUGCCAUGGCUGAGCCGGGCCUCGACUGGGCUGCUGGCAGCCCGGAGGAAGCCUUCGCCUGGCUGGUGGCGCCCCUUACUCCGAAGCAGUUCUUCCAGAAGCACUGGGAGAAGCGGCCGCUUCACCUGCAGGGCGCGUCCGGGCGUUUCGACGGCCUGCUUCCGCGGGCAUGCCUGGAGGACGGGGUCGAGGCCCGGCUGCGGAAGGGGCUGGCCUAUGGCAAGGAGCUGAACCUCGCGCGGUGCGGCGCCGACGGGCAGGUCAUGUGCAACGGCAAGGGCCUGGCGAAUUUGACCGCUGUCAAGGAGAAGGUGGCGCAGGGCUGCUCGGUGCAGGUGGUGCAUCCCCAGCGCUUCUGCCCCAAGGUGGCGGCGCUGCUGGCGCGCCUCGAGGCCCACUUCGGAUGCCUUUGGGGCGCCAACAGCUUUCGCACACCGGCGGGGGGCAAAGGCUUCAAGGCCCACCAUGAUGAGGUGGAGGUCUUCAUGCUGCAGCUGGAGGGCGCCAAGCGCUGGCGCCUUCACAGCUGCCCCAAGGGGCCGCUGCCGCGAGACUAUUGCUGGGACUACAGCGAGCAGGAGCUAGGGGAGCCACUGAUGGAACUGGUCUUGAAGCAGGGGGAUUUGCUCUACUUGCCACGUGGGACGGUGCACAAGGGUGAAGCAGUGGAGGGUGAAGAGUCGCACCACCUGACCAUUUCCACGUAUCAGAAGUUUAGUUGGGCCGAUUUCAUGCAGAAGGUGCUCCCCACGGCAUUAGACCAAGCUGCUGCGAGCGAGCCGCGCUUUCGCGAGGGCUUGCCGCUGCGCUGCCUCUCUUGGCUUGGUGAGCAGCAUUCCGCGGCGCCGCGCCGGCGCCGGGCGUUCCUGGCGCAGCUGCGGUCGCGGCUGCGCGGCCUGGCGCGGUACGCUGCCCCCGCCGCCCGUGGCGCCGGGGACUUCCUCGGCGCGCAGCUCGUGGCGCGGCGGCUGCCGCCGGUCGCGAGGCGGCCAGCCGAGGGCGUCGCGGACGUCGCCGCCCGGGCGGUGCGGUGGGCGGAGCCCGGUGCAGUGCGGGUGGUGGUGGAAAGCCGCCCGGGCAGCGAGCCGGAGAUCCAGAUUUACCAUAGCUGGGACAACGCCGCUGAGAACCACAUGCAGGAUGUGGAGCCAGAACCCGCUUGCAUCGUUCUGGAGGGCCUGCAGGCGCUACCCACGCUGCAAGCCUUGAACCGCGCUUGCGGCGAGUGGAUCCCGGCCGCUUCGCUGGACUCGGAGCUCCUGGAAGGACUCUGCGAGCACGGCUUGGUGGAAACCGGCGACUUGGGCCGCGUGCCGCGAAAGCGGCCGCGCGAGCCUGGCCGUGCGGCCCGCCGCCGCUCACUUUUGCGGGCUCAAAAGGGGUGCCACAAAGAAGAGGACGGCAGAUGCGGCACAGGAGCCGUCGGCUCCAAGCGCAAGCGGACUCGCAAGAAGGCGAAGCGGAGCGCAUUCGGCACCAAGAAAGAUGCGGUGUUGGCAGCGCAUGUGUUACAAGGUGCCCUGUCAGUGUGCAAGGCCCAGUGCCUGUCGGUUUCACCCUGCGAGGAGGGCGGGUCUUCCGAUGACAGCAGCGACUGUGGCUCCGAUGCCGGGUCCUCCUUUGACUCGGCGGAUUCAGAGCCGGGGCACCGGCCCCAGAAACCGCAGGUCUGA